AUGGAUCCUGCCUUAACAAAAAAAACCUUAGAAAAAGACCUUGAUCAAGUGAAGUCUUCUUUCAAGAGAAAAACAUUUGAAGCUGUUUCGGCUGAAGCUAAAGAGCAGUCAAAUUUAUUAAAUAACGCCACGUUGGAAAUUGCCAUCACAGGAAGAUCUGGUGCCGGGAAAUCAUCUUUUGUCAAUGCUCUGCGGGGAAUGAAAGACCAUGAAAAGGGUGCAGCUCUGACAGGGCUGAGAGAAACAACAAUGGUGCCACAAGAAUAUACACACCCUGCAUUCCCCAAAGUCAAAAUUUGGGAUCUACCAGGACUUGGAAAAAAUGAAUUUAAUGCAGAGGAAUACCUAAAGAAGGUCAAUUUCAGCAAGUAUGAUUUUUUCAUCAUCAUCGCCUCAGAUCGCUUCACUAUACAUGAAACCAAUUUGGCUCUUGAGAUCCGUAAAAAUAAGAAGAAAUUCUACUAUGUGCGCAGCAAAGUGGAUAUUGAUAUAGAAAACUACAGGCGGUCAAAACGCAUCAAUGUGGAGGACACCCAUGAGAAGAUGCAGGCUGAGAAGAAGACUCUUGACAUUAUACGGAAAGAUAGCUAUGAUAAUUUGAAGGCAUUAGGUGAGGCUUCUCCAAGGGUCUUUCUAAUAUCCAGUUGGGAUUUUGGCAGGUAUGAUUUCCCCCGGCUUCAAGAGACCUUUGAAAAGGAACAGGAUGAAAUCAAGAGAGAUGUUUUAAUUAUGUCUCUUCCAAUUUUAACAAAAGAUAGCAUUACAAAGAAAAAGGCUACUAUGGAGAGCCUGAUAUGGAAAAAAGCCAUGUUGAGUUGUUCUGUUGGGUUGAUUCCUCUCCCAUUCCUCGCGCUUGGUUGUGACAUUGCCAUUGUCGCUGUGACCAUGAGGGAUAUCUGCAAAGUUUUUGGCUUGGAUGAAGAUUCCCUCAAUAUACUAGCAAAUCGUGUGGGGAAACCUGUUGAGGAGUUGAAAUCUGUUAUUGAACAUACCCCAAGCACCAGUAAUAUCACGAAAGAAUUCGUCAUGGAUAUCUUGAAGAGGUCAGCAAUAUGGGGAACAAUCAGAGUGGUAGAGCUGGUUCUGGAUUUCAUACCUGUGUUGGGGUCUCUCUAUGGUGGGGGCAGUUCUUUUGCUACCACAUUCUACUUGCUGAAGAAUUUCCUGGAAAACGCUGUGAAAGAUGCAGAGAAAGUUCUGGCAAAGGCUGCUGAGCCCAAGAGACGCAAGUAAACAGCCAAUACAUCUACUUGGGAAGAGACAUCCAGGUACAACAUGCAUAAUCUCAUCUUUCUACCACAGCAUCAACCAAUUGCUUUCUUCACAAGUUCUACUUCCGGUCUUGCAACAUGGCAUCCUAGCAUGCUCCCUUUAUUACUCUUCAGCUCAGCACUCGUAGGGUUGCCAUAUUUCAAAAAGUGAAAAUCUGGAGACAAAAGUUGUUGAGCUUUUCGCUUAUGGGGGGGGGCAAAGUUAUAGAGAUGGGGAGGGCAAAGUUGAUGAGCUUUUUUUGGCAAAAUCUCCCCAAAACAAAAGAAGUUCUUGAGCUAUUUUAAAGGAAAUCUACCCCAAAAAAUCAACACUUCUGACAUUUCACAAACAUUUUUACCAAUUUUCAAGAAUUCUGCCUGGACACUACUUCCAACGGAUGAAUCCCAGACAUAUGGCAGCCCUAUUGUAACAACGCUUAAUCAGUAGCCUGCCUGGACAAUUUUUAUCCAGUUUAGAGGUUUCUUAUCUCCUACCUGUCUGUGUUAAAAUGACAGAUGUCUCCUCCUCCGACAUGCAGCAAAUUUGCAGCAGGAAAACAUAAAGAAUGGAGAAAAGAAGAGAAGAGAAAUGGCUUCAGAGAGUUCUAUUGCUGAUACGCCUAAGUAAAUUGUGAUGCAGAAUUAAUAUCUGAGGGAUAAAUUAUCAAAGUUGAAUCUUAAAAUUACAGCCCUGGAUCAAAAAGUUACCGAUCUUGAUGAGGAGAUAUCAAAAUCUGAAGCAGUUGAAAUUAAACAAGAUCUAACCCAGAUAUCUUCUUGGGUGGGAUCCUGCGAGACAUGCUUAUCCAUGCAAAAAUAUACUAUAUAGUUUUGUAGCCUUUAGUAUAUUUUGUGGUUAUUUUGUUAUUGCUGCUUUUAAAAAUGUUUUAAUGUAUUCUCUUCCUCCUUUGAUUUCUAUUAUUUCCUUUUCCCUUAUUGACUUAAUCUCAAUGAAAUAAUAAAUAUUAAAAUUAUGAGAAAUGUUUUUUUUCUGAAUCCUCCCUACUGCAAUGAUUUCCACAACUGUUCUAAUUUUUGUUUUAAAAAAUCAUUUAAUCCAGCCAUGGGAAAGCUAUAGGCAACAGUCCAGAUUUAGGUGUCCUAACCUGAACCACAAGCCUGUUUUCUCUCAGCCUCCUUGCUGUAAUGAUUAAUCUUUUCUUUUCUUCACCAGCUGGGUGGGUGGGUAGGGGAAGCCUGAGCCUUUGGGGAGGGUUUUUUCUCUGGAAGUAAGCAUACACAUACCCACAAAUUUCCUUGUAUUUUAGGAUGCUAUGAAACUGAGAAAGACUGGUUCAUCUUCAACAAAGAGGGAGUAGAGUAGAGUAGAGUAGAGUAGAGUAGAGUAGAGGGAGUUUUGGGUGUCCUCCUGCCACAAAUAACUCCAGAUCUUUCUUGGUUUUUGAGAAAAACCCCAAUUUUUGGGUUUUUGAGAAAAGCCCCAAUUUUGUUUGUAUAAAUACUCUAAAGCAUUUAGAAAGUGGCAAUGAACUUGAAGAUGAGCCAGAAAUCAUUCUUCAUUUUGCCCCAACAUCAACUUAAUUCAUGUUCAGUUUACCCAGCAAUUAUGGGAACUACUUUCACAUGUAGUUCAGAUAUUUUUCAAAGUAAUUCAGUGCACAUUGAACUUGUUCAUUCCAAGCACUAGCCAAUUGUUUUUGAGAUUGUUAUAGUCCAUACGUGAUUUUACCAGCUGCUGGGAUAAAAAUCCAAGUUUUUCCAGCUGUCGGAGGUGGUUACACUGACAGCUACUAGCAGCUGCACUAAGAGAUGGCUAUGCAUUGGCUAUGCAUCAAGUUGGGAGUCAGCAACACCAGCUCUUAUUUGUGGAAUGAGUUUAGCCCUCCUCAGAAUGCAACUUUUCUGUAAAACCUUACAGCAACGUCCUUGGAGGUUGAAAUGUUCCCCCACUGGCUGCCAACACAAAUAAACAGACAAAGUAAUAUAGUUUUUAUUGACAAAUAGCAAAACACAUUCAAACUCACUAGGUGUGAACAAGUAUCUGUGCAUUAAUUACUCUGUACUCUCUCUGCUUAUAUCUGUGUUUUGGGUUCCGCACAACUCUAACCAAAUAAAGCUCUGUGUCCCCAUUCAUUAUAAUGAGGAAUCAAAUAAUCCCCUUUUGGCCAAAGUGGGUGAAAUUUGCAGGCAUAGGAGACCCUACAAAUUGGAUUGAGCCUACCUAAAUCCAGGGGAUCUUUGUGGAGGAAGUUAAGUGGGUUUACUUUCCUCCAUACUUAUUUGAUAUUUUCAUGGGUGGGUCUGAGCACAAGCUUCUCAGACUCUGCCCAACAUCAUCUGAUUUACAAGACUGCUUUGGCUUUCUGAACAGCUGAGACCGAACUGCAAGGGACUUAUGUUUCGUGUUGAAGCGUCUGUGGCACUGAGAAUGGAACUUCAUGAGGAGAAUUAUGGCAUCUGAGAAAGAGACUUGGACAAUAUGGCAGCAGGGGCUCUAGAGCUAAGUGUUGCUAGAAAAUUUUCAGUUUAUUUAAGAACACGUUUCACUUGGGCUGUGCAUCAGAUACAGCCCAAUCCAAUUAAUGAAUUGGACUGGGCCAAUUUGUAUCAACAUAGGAUUGGGUCAGAUUAUGUUGAGGCAAUCCCAGAUCACACCAGAUCAGGCCAGCCAACCCAUCUUUAAAAACAAUUUAUAUAUUAUUAGUCACAACAACAUAUGAACCUACCCGGACCCUGAGAUCAUCUUCUGUUGUUUUUUUUUAAUAAGAAAUUUAUUAGGAUUUUUUAAAAUAUUACAAUGAAAAAUGAAAAAGAAAAAACAUACAAAAUAAAAAUGAUUAAAAACACUCAGAUUUUCCAUUGCUUAUUUUUCUUUAGCUUGUUUCCCGGACCUCCUCAUACCUCCCUUUUUUGUAUUCCAGUUCAGUUUGUUGGUUCAGCAAAUCCUUACCCUCUUUAUUUAUCCUAAUCUUUGGUCUUAAAAUAAUAACAUUAAAUUUUUACCUCUUAAUAACCCCUUUUUCAUAUUCCCUUAAAGCAUUACAGCUAGAAACCACUUAAUUUCUAUCCAACAUCAUUCUAACAUUCAUUAAUUUUACAGUAUUUCUGUAGAUAAUCUUUGAACUUCUUCCAAUCUUCUUCCACCGACUCUUUUCCCUGGUCUCGGAUUCUGCCAGUCAUUUCUGCCAGUUCCAUAUAGUCCAUCAGCAUCAUCUGCCAUUCUUCCAGAGUGGGUAGAUCUUGUGUCUUCCAAUACUUUGCAAUGAGUAUUCUUGCUGCUGUUGUGGCGUACAUAAAAAAGGUUCUAUCCUUCUUUGACACCAAUUGGCCGACUAUGCCCAGGAGAAAGGCCUCUGGUUUCUUCAAGAAGGUAUAUUUAAAUAUCUUUUUCAGUUCAUUAUAUAUCAUUUCCCAGAAAGCCUUAAUCCUUGGGCAUGUCCACCAAAGGUGAAAGAAUGUACCUUCAGUUUCUUUACAUUUCCAACAUUUGUUAUCGGGCAAAUGAUAGAUUUUUGCAAGCUUGACUGGGGUCAUGUACCACCUGUAGAUCAUUUUCAUAAUAUUCUCUCUUAAGGCAUUACAUGCCGUGAACUUCAUACCUGUGGUCCAUAACUGUUCCCAGUCGGCCAUCAUUAUGUUAUGACCAACAUCUUGUGCCCAUUUAAUCAUAACAGAUUUCACCGUUUCAUCCUGAGUAUUCCAUUUCAACAGCAAGUUAUACAUCUUUGACAAAAUCUUAGUUUUGGGUUCUAAUAGUUCUGUUUCUAAUUUUGAUUUUUCCACCUGGAAACCAAUUUUCUUAUCCAAAUUAUAUGCCUCCAUUAUCUGAUAAUAAUGAAGCCAGUCUCGCACUUUGUUUUUUAAUUUCUCAAAACUCUGCAAUUUCAGUCUAUCUCCAUCUUGUUCCAAAAUUUCCCAAUAUUUCGGCCAUUUGGCCUCCAUAUUGAGCUUUUUCAGAGCUUUUGCUUCCAUCGGUGACAGCCACCUUGGAGUUUUAUUUUCCAAUAAGUCCUUGUAUCUUAUCCAGACAUUAAACAAUGCUUUCCUGACGAUGUGAUUUUUAAAUGUUUUAUGUGCUUUGACCUUAUCAUACCACAGAUAUGCAUGCCAUCCAAAUACAUUGUUAAAACCUUCUAAAUCCAAAAUGUCAGUGUUUUCAAGAAGCAACCAUUCUUUCAACCAGCAGAAAGCUGCUGAUUCAUAGUAAAGUUUAAAGUCUGGCAGGGCAAAUCCACCUCUUUCCUUUGCAUCUGUUAAUAUUUUAAAUUUUAUUCUAGGCUUCUUGCCCUGCCAGACAAAUUUAGAAAUAUCUCUCUGCCACCUCUUGAAACAAUCCAUUUUGUCCACAAUUUGCAAUGUUUGAAACAAAAACAACAUUCUAGGCAAUACAUUCAUUUUUACCGCAGCAAUACGGCCCAGCAGUGAAAGCUUCAAAUUUGACCAAAUUUCCAAAUCUUUUUUCACUUCAGCCCAGCAUUUUUCAUAGUUGUCUUUAAAUAAGUUCCCAUUUUUUGCUGUCAUGUUAAUCCCCAAAUAUUUAACUUUCUUAACCACUGUUAAACCUGUCUCAUUCUGAAACCUCUCUCUCUCCAUUGGUGUUAAAUUUUUCUCUAAAACCUUGGUCUUUAACUUAUUCAACUUAAAUCCUGCAACUUGACCAAAUUCUUGAAUCAGUUCUAAAACUCUUUUGGUACUAGAUUCUGGCUCCCCUGAGAUCAUCUUCUGAGACCCUCCUUCGUGUCCCUCCUCCUCAAGAGGUCCAGAGGGUGGCAACACAAGAGCAGGCCUUCUCUGCAGUGGCUGCCCAUCUGUGGAAUGCUCUCCCCAGGGAAGUUCGCCUGGCGCCUUCAUUAUACACCUUUAGGCACCAGGCAAAAACAUUCCUUUUCAACCAGGUCUUUGGCUGGUCCGAUUUAUAUCCUAUGCCCUUUUUAAAUGUGUUUUUUGGGGGGUGGGUAUUGUUCUGUUGUUUUAUUUUUAUUUGGUAUCUUGUGGUUUUAUAUCUUGAUUUAAUCUGUGAAAUGCCCUGAGACCCCCGAGUAUAGGGCGGUAUAUAAAUUCAAUCAACAACAACACCAAACACCAUCCAAAAUGACUCAGAACAACAACAACAAUGACAGCAUUUUAUUAUUUGUACCCUGCCCAUCUGACUGGGUUGUGCCAGCCAGCCUGGGCACCUUCCAACAUAUAUGAAACAGCCCCUAGGAGUUCGCUGCCAUGCAAGGGAGUCUCUCAAACAUGAAUCUCCUGGAGCAGUGAAAGAAGGCAGCUCAAGUAUACAGCCGGACGAGAUAGAAGGAAACAUGGUGUCUACCGCACUAAUGAGCUCACAGAAACAAGCUCUGGAAAUUUGGGGUUGCCAUGCUGAGAGCAGAGUUAGAUGCUCAGUUACAUUCGUAAAAGCAAGCAAUGCAAAACAGUGGGAGAGAACUAAUGUCUCUGCAGUGGCCUCUUGCUGAAUAGGAGGAGCUGCUUGUAUCCCCCCUCCGCUAGGGAGAAAAUGCUGGGGGGGCACACUGGGGGGGUCUCAUGGGGUUUACACUUGCCCAGCAUGCUUCAGAGCAGGCCCCUCCCCCUGUGACAGCCUCUGAUAACCACUUUAACCACAGAGUUAGGAGUCUACAUGUGUUUCCCCUCCAAAUAUCAUAUUUGAGGGGCACCCCCUCCCAAAAAAGUUGAUGGGCAUUGCCCUUGCCCUUGCGAGAAAGUAGCAGGAACAUGGCUGCUGCUGGGCUUGGAGAGGGAGAGGGAGCCAAGCAGCAGAGGUAACAGGACUGUCUGCUGGGGUGCCAACUUAAAAUAUGGGGGGAGGCAGAUAAGCUCUGCCUCACCUCAUAGAUCACAAGAUGUGGAGCAGCCCCCCUCCAAUACAAUAUUUCCAUAUCUCGGCCCCUGGGAGCUGGCUCCUAUAACUGUGCGCAAGUCAUUCUCAUGGUCCCCAGCUCCUCUCCCUCUUUCACCCAUCGCGGCUCAGCUCUGCACGCAAAAAUGGUGCCCAAGCACUUCUGAUGAAAGAGGCUGCUGAAUCACUUUUGAGAAUUGUACUUCUGUGAAGGGAAUAGGGGCCUCCUAACAACUCUCAGCACCUUUAACUACCUACCUAGAAUUCUUUGGGGAAAGCCAUAACUGUGGUAUCCUAGGCAUAGGGCUCCUGCUUUUACCCCACACCACCCCAUAUGCUUCAGUUUUUCGGCUCUUUGGAGCCAGCCAUGUGGGGAUCACACUGCAUCAAAACUCAGGAGAAAUGGGAUGAUAUGAUACAAAGACUCCAGCAAAUUCGUUCUUUUGACUGUUGGGGAAAACUUCCUUUGCAUUUUCCUCCUCUGCUUUCAGGCUGGAGAAAUUUCUGCUUCCUUUUGCUCUCUGUCAUGACCCAGCACAGUCCAAUAAAUUAUUUACAAGGGGGAGGAACUAGGGAGACUCAUUUAGGUUUCCUUUUCUCAGAAAUCACCUGUUUGAGCAGAGCUGUGUACUGGUCAAGCGUGGGGGGAGAGGAAAGCUUGAAAACAGGAUGUAAUUUCUGCUCCAAGAUAACAAAAAGCCGCAGCUCCCUUUCCCUUUCUAAGAUUAAGCAGGAUAAAUAAAUAAUCAGCAACAGAGCUGAUAAUAUAAUUUAUUAUAAAUGCUCUGUUGCUGAGCAGUACAUGAUCGUGCUGGUUUAUUAUUUUUUGAUCAUCCGAAAGACCCAUAGUGAGCUCACAUGUCUAUAUGAAUUUCUGAAGUUUUCCCCGUGAGCCAGUACAUAGAUACAUUUAUCAGUGAAUUGUUACAUUUGGUAUCGUGCAGCAAAGGCGCUUUGAAUAGAUAGGAAGAAACUGUGAUGAAGUGUUUUGUGGGGACAAAUCACAAAAGUCACAAAGGCGAUUGUGCUGAUUUUGGUAGUGGGCUGCACGUGCAUGAUAUCUGCUGGAGGGGCAACCCCCCCCCCCAACCUAUACAUAAAUUCCUGCAACCAACCUAUUUAAUUAAAUCCAAUGUAGAUACAUUUCUUCCUUUCUUAAUACAUGUUUGUUUGAGUUCCUAUAUUACACAGUCCUCAAAUGUGGUUAAGGAAAGGUCCCCGGAAUGUAAUGGACGAUACAGCUGUUGAGGUUGGCUAGCAUAGGUAGCAGACACAGGCAGGCUGGCCCAGGCAGCUGGGUUGGGUAGGACAAGGUUUCCGGAUAUUUCCUUGUUUUGCCCCGAAGGGCUUCCUCAGCUGUUAAUAGUUCUAUAUAAUAAAUAUAAACACUUGAUAAUACAAUGAUUAAUAUUAGACAUGUAGAAAUUACAAAUAUAAAUAUAUUAUAUCAUGACUAAAAAUUAUGAAGUUCAUACAUUAUUAAGCAUUAUCAAGCAUUAAAAGAUACAGAGGUUGUGCAUACCAUCAAAGUGUGUAACAGAUCACGUAAACAAUGAUUCUUGGACGAUUCUCAAUAGUAAUGGCCAAUGAAUCUCAGUACACCCUUAAUAUGCAAAACCAUAUGAUGAGACAGGUGUUAACCUAAAUGCAGUCUUAAAGGAAUAUGACCACAAUGGUGUCACAUAGGCAGAGCUCUUAUAUAGUAUAUGUUUCACAUAGCUCAGGGGUUAAAAGGCAUCUCUGGGUUAUUUGUGGGGCAUAGGAAUUCGUUCUUUUUCCCCCAAAAUAUAGUCCAGCCCACCACAUGGUCUGAGGGACGGUGGACCGGCCCCCUGCUGAAAAAGGUUGCUGACCCCUGACAUAUGUGUGGGAUAUGUCAUUAUAAAAGCAGGUAUACAAUUCAGUUUUUAGACCUAAAGGAUGAAGUGUGUUGAGUAAAAUAAAUAAAUCUGCUUUCCUUCUGUGUAAGGACUCUUCCUGCAUUUUCAAGAGGUCCUUGAUAGGUCCAAAGUACAAAAAAUGUAAGGCCAUCCUCAGUGUGUGACUUUUGAAUGAAAUGGGAUAUCAGAGGAGCACCCAAAAGUCUAUUUCUGAUCUUAGAACAGUGCUCCGAUAUCCUGGUUCUGAUUGGUCUUGUGGUUUGUCCCACAUAUAAUAAACCACAUGUGCAUUUUAUUACAUAGACAGUGCGUGCAGUAGCACAUGUAGCAAAUGAUGUAUGGUGAAUUUAAACCCUCACUGUUGGUGAACUCUUUUACCGGAAGUGCGUAUCUGCAUGCAACGCAGUGUCCGCACUUGAAAAAACCUCUCAGGGCUGCUAUUAAAAUCUGUUGUUGUGGUAUGGGUUUUAGAUCAGUGUGUACCAGUAUGUCUCGAAGGGAUCUAGUGCGUCAUUUCCCAAAGUGUGGAGGAACCACGCAACCAGGAAUAUAUGUCUCUCGUCAUGUGAUUAAAUUCUAAGGAAGAAUGGAUUCUCUUGGUGAUCUCAUGAGUAUCAGUCCAGGUUUUUUAAAGUGUGGAUCUAUCCUUAGUUUUAGUUCUUUGUAUGGCUGCGGACACCACCGUACGUGGGCAACUGCAUUCUAGGAAUGAGGUUACCAACUUGUCAGAGUGAUAUUUAAAAUCCUUCAAAUUAGAAGAAUUUAUUUUGAGCCAUAGAAAUUGACCAAACAAAAGGUUAUCUCGAAGGUAUCUUGGAUGAUUGGAACUAUAAUGAAGUAAAGAAUUUACAUCUGUACUUUUUUUAAAGGGCGAACCAUGAUUUUUAGCUGGUCAAUGUAAAUUUCCAAAUCAAGAAAGGGUAAAGAACUAGAACUGAAUUUACCUUCAAAUUUUAAAUGUGAGUUUAGACCAUUUGUCCACAGAUUAAACAGAUCAAAAAUACCCUCAGUGAAUAUAAACAAUAAAUCACCAAUGUAAUGUCCAUAAAACAACAAAUAUACUCCAUAUGGGUCAUUAUGAAAAAUGUGUUCUAAAUCAAAAUUAUUCAUGAAAAUAUUGGCCACGCUGGGAGCACAUCUCAAUCCCAUAGGCACACCCUGUUUCUGGAUGUAAUAUUUCAUCCCCAAACAGAAGUAAUUAUUGUCCAAAAUUAAAGAUACAAUUUCCAUGAGGAAAUGUACUGGUGGAGAUGUUUUAUUAUGAUCUAUUAACAUAUCCUGAAUCUGUGUCUUCACUUCAUCUAGGGGUACAUUGGUAUAUAGUGAGGAAACAUCCCAAGUAGCUCUGAUAUUAUGCUGGGUAACAGGUAGGUUCUCGAUGAAGGUAAUGACAUGUUUAGUAUCACGGAUAUACAACGGUGUUUCUUUGGUAAGGGGACUCAAGAAGCUAUCGAUGUAGUGUGAACAAUUUUUCUAGAAGAGAGACUGAGGUUGAAAAUAUUGGUCUCCCUGGUGGGGGCAGUAUGUUUUUAUGUAUUUUGGGGAGGGUAUAGAAUAUAGGUACCCUCGUAUGCUGGGGACAUAGAAAUUCAGCCACAGCAGUAUCAAUAUAGCCUAAUAAGACAGCUUCAUCUAGAAUGGACUGAAGUUUAUUCUUUAUCACCGUGGUUGGAUCACCAGGUAAAGGUAAAUAGAAGUGGGUAUUACUCAACUGGCUCUCAGUUUCCUUUACAUAGUCUGCUUUAUUCAGUAGCACUAUUUCACCACCUUUGUCAGCUGGCUUAAUGAUCAAGUCUUUGGCCGUGGUAAGUUUAUUCAGGAUCUCCCUCUAGUUAUUACAAAGUCCUAAGUAAAUAGCUUUAAAAAAUGCUCUUGAAAUUCCUGUACAACUACAUCCGCCUCUCAGUUUUACAGCCACUACCAUUCACAGCUGACCCUUCAAGUUUAAGUCCUGGAUUUACAGAAGCCAUCCUGGUUUCUGAUUUGACCCUGGAAUAAUAAUAAUAAUAAUAAUAAUAAUAAUAAUAAUAAUAAUAAUUUAUUAUUUCUACCCCGCCCAUCUGGCUGGGUCCCCCCAACCACUCUGGGCGGCUUCCAAGAAAACACUAAAAUACAAUAUCCUAUUAAACAUUAAAAGCUUCCCUAAACAUGCCCCAUUUUCCUUAGGACACAGAGCCGUAGCGGGGCGGGGGGUGCAAAAUCGGCUGCCGAGACCCUCCGCCAGGCGCCCUGUCUGGCCAGCUCUCACUGCCCACAGCCCAGGCAGGAUGGGGAAGAAGGUGUGCUGGGUAGCGGCUGCUCCCAACUGCCCCCCUCGCUGCUUGGUCCUCCCUGUGCGUGCCGCAGUGCCCCGUCCCAUUUGGCCAUGAGGCACCAGCUCUGCCUCUCCCGGACCUCGCUUGGGGUCGGGGCCAGGAAGGUACACCAGUGAAUGUCGCCCAGCAUUAUGUCACCUCCCUCAGUGGUGACACCCAGGGCAGGCCGCCCCUACUGCACCCACUUUCCUCCGCCCCUGCACCAGCUUCAGCGCCUGAUACUGCCCAGCUCACCUCACUGCUCACACCCCUGCCUCUCCGGGCGCGGGGGAGGGAUUCGCCAAGUUCAAAGCCUGCCUACUCCGGAGUCACUUCUCUAUCUCUCUCCUCUAGCACACCCUCCUUCAAGAGUGUCAACUUGAAUAAAAUAUAUGGGGGGGCAGGUAAGCACUGCCCUGUAUGAUCAAGAUGGAGCACACACACACACUACUUGAAUGGCAAUGCCCAUUAACGGGGGGGGGGGCAGCCUUCUCAAAUAUUUUAGGGAGGGGCAAAGGAACCUUGACCCCAAGGAGCCGGCUCCCAUGCACUCCUCCCUAUUAAAGUGGGGUGCUCCCCACUUUAUGCGACUUCACUUAUGCACACCAGGCCCCGGAACGUAACCCACACGUAAGUGAGGAGACGCCUAUAUAGCAUCAUCUAGGUCAGCCUUCCCCAUCUUGGUGUCCUCUCUCUGUUUUGGUCUCCUUCAAUCAGAAUUCAUUACAAAAGGGAAUUCAUUACAAGGUGAAGUGUGUGAGGAAUUGAACUGAAUGGGCUGAAUGGGUGCUGGGGGGGGGGUUGGAGGAGAGACAGAAAGAAGAGCCAAUUUGUCCAUGGCUCUAGGGGGCACAAUCUGGACAGUUCUGCCAGGCUCUCAAGAUCACCUAGCUAAGGCUCUGUUAGGCUGUCCCUAUUUCUAUCGGAGAAAUGUUGGAGGGUAUGACACAGGUGCAACAGCACUGUGUGCCAUCAUCCCCCCACCCCAUCAUAGCCCAGCUGGUUGUGGCGCAGGUGUUCUGAAAUAAUAUGCAAAAAUACAUUGGGCAAAACCUCUUUUAAAGAUGUGGGUUUUGAGAUGAAAGUGCAUUGGUGUGCAUCAACCAUCUGUUGGCAAGCGGUAGCUUCCAGCCACAAUGGCUAUACUCUGUCUCCCCAGUACGAGGCAGCAAUGCAUCUGAACACCAGUUGCUGGAGACCACCGGAGGGGAAAAUAUUUUUGUGCUUAGGUCCUGCUUUCGAGUUUCCCACAGGCAUCUGGUUGGACGGAUCCAGCAGGAGUCUUCUGUUUCGACAUUUACAUGGGUCUGAACAACAACAAUAAUGCGACAAAGCAACUUGAAAUGUGAUUUGGUUCUGACUGGGACCUUCCAGAUUCCUCUGAAGCCAAGAUCUAAGUCUGGGAAGCGGGCUAUGUGUGGAACUUCAUGGGGAUGAGGAGGGAGGUGCAUUAAACCAUGGAUAGGCAAACUAAGGCCCGGGGGCCGGAUCCGGCCCAAUCACCUUCUAAAUCUGGCCCACAGACGGUCUGGGAAUCAGCGGGUUUUUACAUGAGUAGAAUGUGUCCUUUUAUUUAAAAUGCAUCUCUGGGUUAUUCGUGGGGCAUAGGAAUUCUUACCCCCCCCCAAAAAAAAUAUAGUCUGGUCCCCCACAAGGUCUGAGGGACAGUGGACUGGCCCCUGCUGAAAAAGUUUGCUGACCUCUGAUUAAACCAAUGUGUUAUGAUCCACAAACAAUAGAUUGGGGCGGCAAUGUAUUUAGGACUAAAUGUCCCGUUGCUGGUAAUUCCUGGAUGCUUGCCUGGACACAGCUCUGCUCAAAUGGCUGAUUUCUGAGAAAGCGAAACCUAAACUGGGUGGCUCUGUUUCCUCUUCAUUGUAAACCAUUUGGAGAACAAAAACAAAUGAGUUUUAGCACAUUUUAAAAUGGGUAAGGAAGGUUGGCACACUGCAGAGUGCGCCAGGUGGAACAUGAUCUAAUCUAAAUACUGGAUUACGCAAUAGCCUGAUCUAUCAGAAGGCUCAGAAUGCAUGAGAAUCCUCCACUGAUGUAAGCAAUAACAUUGAACAUAAAAACAAUUACAGUACACACAAUAAUUGGGUCCCCCCUUUGUGGAAAGAACAUACUGUCAGACACAUUUUAGCAUUCCUACAUAAUAUCACACAACAAACUAAUUAAAUAUCAGUUGCAUAUUUUGAGGCAAUCAUGAUCUUUUACACAUCUUUUCAGUCCUGGAGCACAGAGUCUUGAGGUUUAAAAAGUGAGAGAAUGUCCUUGCAAUUCAACUCCCGCCCCCCCUUUGUCAGCCUCCCUCCUCCGUCAGUCUAUACCCUUUGAAAGAAAUUGCUGUGGCCACUCCCAUGAAAUGAAUUAAAACAAUUUAAAAAUCCCAUAAGGGAAAAGGGCAGAUUUUUGUUUACUACAUUAGAAUGCAAACUACUUGUCUUUUCAUUCAAAGGGAGAUUCAGCAGUCUUUGUUGUUUAGUCGUUUAGUCGUGUCCGCCUCUUCGUGACCCCAUGGACCAGAGCACGCCAGGCACUUCUGUCUUCCACUGCCUCCCACAGUUUGGUCAAACUCAUGCUGGUAGCUUCAGACAGUAACCAACCAUCUGUAGACAGUGAUCACUUCUCCUGUGUCUCCAUCUUCCCAGGAGCAGGGUCUUUUCGGGGGACUUCACGAGACAGUUAGCCAAAGGAAUGGAGCCAAAGCAACAAUAGAUAUGUCCUUCGAGCUGAGCACUUAGGACUGAUUUCUGCAGAACAGAUAAGAUUGCUCUUCUCCCCGUGAAAUGAAUUCAAAGCAAUCUUCAAAAUCACCAUAAUGGAAAGGCGUCAGAUUCUUUGUUUAUCAACAUUCAGAAUGGUCAAAUCUGACUUGUCAUUUCACUACUGGAAAGCGUAGCUUUAUUCAGCAGUCUUUAGAUGGGCAAUAAAAGGCCCUGCUGAUCAGGUUGUAAAAUAAAACUCAAACACCACUCUUUUUGGAUCAGGCCCACUACAAUGGCAGCCCACUGGGGUUUGCCAGUGGACAGAAGAAAAGACAUGGGACGCUGGCAAUCCAACGCAUACAAAAGUUAUAUCCGCGACAACUCCAAAAUUUAAAACAGACCUAUCACUUACACCUCUCUGAGAUUUUCUUGCUUUUCAGGGACAAACCGCAUAGAAAUUUGGAUUGUGGGACACGGUAUCGUCCAUUGGGCCUGGGAACAGGCAGCAGCUAGCGGCCAGGGGUGCCAGCUAGGUUUUCCAUCGCACAUGGGAUGCGCUGGGCAGAGAUGAUGCCAAUUGUGAAGGCCAGGGUGGAUGCACAUGGCCCCCCCAACACUUGGUUUUGCAGCUGGUUGAGAACGAUUUGCCUUGCCGGAAAGGCGUGGACUUGCUCUUCAAUAUCAAAAAGGACUUGGACAAUCUUGCACUGAAUUUCCCAAAAAAGACUCUCUUUUGGUCGCUGCUCUUGGAGAGACGCGUUUGGUGUGGCAGCAAUUCUCCAGCAGCAACAGAUUAUGCCCGAAAACACUUGAAUCGUUCCGUUUCACAGAAGGUGAUCACGUUGGGUGGCCGGGUGAUCGCACACCCUUCCAUAGUUUUCACCAUGAUGGCACUAUUUUGUGAUGAUGUCGUACCCCUUUCCAAUUGGGGGAAUGAUAUAUGGCUGGCCAAUAUUGCAGAAGACUUGAGGCAUUGGUUACAGGUGUAAGGGUAUUUGGUGGUGAGCCUUUGGGCUCUUGUGGUGGUUAUGAGGCAUCUGAUCAAGGCCUGUAUUUUAAAAUGAGCUUAAAGAUAUAUUUGCAAAUGUUUGUAUGUUUCAUGCCAGGCAGAAACCAGCUGGCUAAGUACUUUGGCAGUUGUUUAUCUUCCUGCUCUCCUGAACAAGGGCCCCCCUGAUUUAUAGCAGUAGCAGGAGACAAGUUUCUCAAAGUUGUAAAAGGGAAUUACAGGCUGGGAGCAAAUGUUACACUGACCCUACAUAUUACAGAAUACAAUCAAGCUGCAAAAACACUAAUUAAGAGUUGGUAAAUAGUAAGAUUUAUUGUUUAACAGAAAAUAAUACCAUGUUCCUCCCAUCAGACUCUAGCCAUAUUUUCCUAAGGUUUAAGGUAUACUGAGAGAGUUAAAGGGCAAUAAAUUUUGGGAAGAGCUAAUGGGAAGAGCAGCUGGCUGGGAAAGGGGGGUGUAAACUGAAGAGGCUUCUUUUGAAGCUGUUUUUUACUGAGUUCCUUUUUUACUUUGCAAAGGCCUUUUCUUCUAAAAAGCUAUCUAUGUUAUGUAUGAGAUUUGUUGGCUUAAUGUAAUUAGGCAAAGGAUUUAGAAAGUAAGAAAUGUUAGAUUCUUAUGUUAGAUUCUUGUUUCUUUGAUGGUGUGUGAGAAUGUGAACCCAAGAUCUCUGUUUAGACAGAAUUUAAUACCACAAGACAUUUGUUUUAGCCAUUUGUUUUGGAAUGCAGGGGCAACAGGGGCAAAAGGUGAUCUGGUAAUUAAGGUGCCUUGUCGAGGCAAAUGUAAGAUAUAUGGCUACUUGUCUGCCAUUUAUGGAUAGAAGGAAAUAUAGCUCUUUGUCUCCCAUAAAAGGUAAUAGGAAAUGGGUGUAUCUUUUAUGAUUGGUUCUAGCAAACAGCCAAUAGGAAUUUAAACCAGGCUGAUUGGACAGAGGCAGCCAAAGCAGUGAAGCAGCAGUAGGUGGAAAAAUCUGAGAGUUUGUGACACUGAUGAAUCCAGAAAACGAAACACUAUUUCCCGGGACUAUUUUGAUUAAUAAAAGAGAUUUUUAGAAUGCAAACUACUUGUCUUUUCAUUCAAAGGAAGAUUCAGCAGUCUUUAGAUGGGCAAUAAAAGGUCCUGCUGAUCAGGUUGUAAAAUAAAACUUAAACACCAUUAGCCAUAUGACUUAAUAUUGAAUCCAUAGGGUGUUUAAAAACAACAGCAGCAGCAGCAGCAAAAGCAACAACAACAACAACUGUGUUUUUCCUCUUGCAUCUAGCACUUGCAAAAAACGGGGCUCUGUGUGAGCAGGUACUCACAGCCAUACAGAACAAGAUUUAACAGCUGAUAAUUGCGAGAUUAAAUCCUUUUGCUUUCACUGCCUGCACCCAUUCCCUGCUGUCUUAGCCAACACCUGGAGCCAACCUAGAAUCAAACGCCAUGCACCUGCGCAUCAGCUAAUGGCAGCUGUUUGGCAGGUGGACAUGGUUUGAAAAAUUUUGUGAUCGCAGGCCAAAUUGGACCUCUUCAUGGGCUAAGAUUGAAAUAAGAGCUCCUCUGUUUACUCAGCUUGCCUCCUGAUUGAAUAAUGAUGGGAAGGCAGGUGUCACUAAAGUAGUCACGUUGCAUUAACACGCUGUUGUGCUAACUGCUUAGUUAGCACCUACUGCCACACUUUGUGGACAGGGGCAGAUCACGCCACUGCUCUGCAAUUGGCCCAUCCAAUACGUCAUCAACCCCCAAGGGAGCUGGGCCGCUAGGAGUUGGCCCCUAUGUAUGCCAGCAUGGGAGCCUAGCCAAGCAUUGCCGAGUCUUAUCCUGAAUCUAGCGGGAUCUCAUGGUGGGAUCUGGAUCCCUCCCGGUGCCUUGCGCAAUUUCCCCCUGGGCAGGAAUCUUCGAGCAGUGCGACCACAUAAGGGUUAAGGGGAGUGAGAGAGCUGGGCUCUCUAGAGCAGUCCGGAAAAGGCCCCUCUCUCUGUCUCUCCUCCUCAUAUCAUCUCCUCUCCAUGCUUGUCUUGGGAGGCCACUGGGGUGGUGAAGGCCACUUUUGGAUGAAGACUCUAGGGCGAUGGGGGUUGCAGAGGAGGCUGUUGGGAGCUGAGAUAUGAAUGGAUGGGGGAAAGGGACGCCAUGGGACGCAAGGCCUCUCGGCACCCCCCUGGAACGCUCGCCCUGCCCCCAUGGGCGGCUAGCCCUACCCCAGGAGCCAGAACACCUAGCUCCACCACUGUUUGUGGAGCCAGCUCCUUUUGGAGAGCAUGGGUUGGUAUCGCCAGUCCUUGGUUUCAGGUUUGGCUGGAAAAAUGAAGAAGCACUUCUCAAACCAAGGAAAAUUCAGCAUGAAAGUUUAUUAAUACAAGCUCGUAAUACAUAGCACACACAUAAAUAUUCUCUAAAUUUAGUCCUAUACAGAAAACAAGAGGCUUGGGUAGAAUUGAGGAGUGCCAGAUGAUAACAUAAAUGACCUAAGCUGAACCCAACGUACCUAUCACAUAUCUGAUUGGGUACUAAGGCAUGAUGGGAAAUCCCCCAGAGCCAUCUCUGAGGGCCGACCAUCCUAUUAGGUCCCCCACCUCUGCAGAGGGGGAAAGAUCACGCUCUUCUUGCCCAGUUGAGAAAAAAAGGUCCAGAGAGCGGCUUGCCACAUGGGUUGGGCUGUUGACAUGUUGGGACAUCCCCAUGGUUGUCACAGCAGCUAUGAGGUCCUAAGCCACCCCAGAGCUGGUCACCUUGGCAUGGAUGCUGAAGUCCCCCCAAACCAGCAGUCUACGAGUCUUCAACCUCCCUCUGAGAGGUUCUUUCAGCUCAGGCAAGGAGACUGCUGGGCAGCGAGACAGGCAGUAAGGAUAUCAAACCAUUAAGGAGAUCAAACACCAUUAAGACCGAUUACAAUAGUUUGGGGUAUUUUGUUCUUCUCUGAAAGAAUGUGAUAACAAAAAGUUUGAAGUGGUUCCAAUCCUUUCUUUAUUAACCUCAAAAUUUUAACUAUGUUUUAAAACAAUUUCUAGCGCCUGUGGAAACAUGUUGGUGCAGGCAAUUCUCUCUGGCCACCUAACCCAGAAUGUCUCACUUUGAGAGAUGACCCUCUUCCGCAAAGCAAGGGAGAAUAGAGGGGCUGCUGCAUUAGUGACAGCAAAGCAUUUUUGAAGUAAAAGGGGGAGAGGAGAGAGGGCAGUGUGACAGUUUUGCUUUAUUCAGAGGGGAAAUCAUAAUAUGUUACCAUUACCAAUCUAAAAUAUUGUUAAAGCUGAGAAACCUUGACUAAAUCUUAACUAAAUUAUUAUUGCCUGAAGCAGCAAGGCUAGAAUUAGGCAGGAAGCAAAAUAUUAUAUGGGUCAAAUGAAAGAGAGAGGGGGUGCUCAAAGGAAUGGAUAUUUAUUUCCUUUUUUUUUCCUUUGCAGAGAGCUUUUUUUCUAAGCUUUCUCCAUUAUCGAAGAAAAGCAAGAUUACAUUCCACAAAAUCUGCAGCCUCAGAAAGGAAAAAGCUAUAUUCCCAAAAUACCUACACUUCAACUUCUACAGUAAUUUUGAUUAUUGCCUACUAUCAUCUAACAAAAUAAUUUUUGCAACAUCUAAUAAAACUACAUCAAAAUCAAAGAAUUCUCUUUCUUAAAGGCCUGUCUGGGUAGAAGUUACACAGAAAGGUUUCGAUAGCAUGUUACAUCAAUAUGACAAAUGUUUCUAGUUUACAUUGGAGUAUAUUUUAAAAGUAUCAGUUAAAAAUAGCAUUCACUGUGGACACAACAUAUUUAAUGAAUCUUUAAGGGUGCAUUGAUUAAACCUGGUCAAUUCAAUUCAUAAGAGUAUUUGGUUCCAUACAGGAAAAGGGGAGCAGUGGUGUGCCUGUCUGGCACGCUUGUCUCCAAAGGACUUGACAAAAAUUGUUGCUUUUUUAAAAAGCUUGAUUGUGUCGUAUUGCGGUAAGGCAAAUCAGCUAUAGGGUCUGCUCCAUUGUCUCUAGAACCAGCUAAAAUGGGUAAGAAAAGGGGUGCCAAAGUGGGAAGACUUGCCAUAGCAGCAGCAGCAGCUCCUAUUACCCCACCUUGGGUUGCACCAUGUCUUGUGCCAGUUCUACUUGGCCCUGAGAUGCUCUGCCUCACACUCUUCCAGUCCUAGGGCUUUCUUUCGAACCCUUUCAGCAUCCUCAGCUAGAUUAUUCAGGAAGCUUGACAGCAUCCAAUAAGUGGUGGCAAAAGACCCCCCUGCCGUGUCUCAGUUCUCCAAAGGACCACAGACCCUGGGUGCAUGCCAGGAACCCCACAGCCUCUUGCCACUGCUCGGGAGAGAGAGAGGGAGGUCUUCUAACUUUGCUUCGGAAGCAUGCCAUUUGCACCCCUCAGACUGCUUUUGUCCAACGGCCUAGUCUUAUGAGGCUCACAAUGUACCUUUCUACUGAUCAGCCAUCUUGGAGGUGGGAGAAGGGGAGGUUCCAGAUAGUUAGCCUAGUUUCAUGGGCAAUCGGGGACAGUGGGCUUCAGAUAACUGUUAACUUCUGCUGUCCAGCCUCCUUUUAAGCACUCUCAGAUGCUCCCCAGUCAACUCAACAGGACAGAAGGGUUUUGCAGGCAGUUUGAAACUUUCCCUCCCCAUCCCAUGAUUCUGAUGAUAAUCCCUCUCCCCCCAGUGCUGCUGUUAACCUUAGGGGAGAAGCUCAAGAGCAGCAGGAGGUCUAACAUCAUUGGGAUCACAAGCCUGCCCGCUGAGCAAGGAGAAAGCAGGCUGGGAGGGAAAGACUUUGAAGGACCUCUGAUAAGACUUAUUUGCUCCUCGAGAUCCUUGACAAACAGUUGUUUGAGGAUAGGAGGAUAGGAUAGUCUUCUCACUUCAGCUGCUCACACUCUCUCCUGUUAGUGCUGAAAGGGUUCCCUAAGCAGAACAAAGUAUCUCUGCACAUGCUAAUGAAAUCCUUUCACUACCAAGCCCCCAUCUUUUAAUGCAAAUAACAGGAGAGGUCUAUGCAGAGAGCGGGUUGGAAGAAAGAACUUGACACACUUCAGAUAUGAAGCAGAACCUUGUUGUCAUUGCAUUCUUAUAUUAAUAAGUCUGUGCCGAGUGCGCAUCUGAUGUACGGCAGAUGCAUGUCUGGUUGUGCAACCAGGGAGGCCACAUGCCCUGAUCAGCCGAAUUCUCCUCAUAGCACUGCUCUGUUCCCCCAGCCUGCCAUUUACACCCCAGCCUAAAGAUUUUAUCCCACAUUACUCAUGCUCAGAGCACACCAGCUGAAAUGAUUGCACCUGAUUAACUAGAUUUUUUUAAAAAAAAAUCUAGGAAAUUUCUACGGUUCUUUGCAAAUAUUCUACACUGCUGUAGUAGGAGGUGCUGACAACUCGGGUGCUGCUGAGACUGGCACAGAGGCAACAACAGCAGAGGUAAAGGAUUGCCCACAUGGGGUGCUUCCACAGGUGACUUCCCAGAAAAGGCAGCGUCCCCGCUGGCAAACGGGCUGCUUGGAGCUCCUUCUGGCCAGGAAUGCGGCUUCGGCUAUUUGUUGCGAUCUUAUCUCAUCCUAGUUGGCUACCUUCGCUUUCUUUUUUGCUUUUAGUAGCGUGAGGGUCAGGAGGAGAAGGUAUAAAAGGGAGACAGAGGGAGAGAGCAGGACGGAGAAAAGCGCGAGAAACCUCGAAGCAAAACCUCCAAGAAGACGACUGAGCUUGGCUGCAAAAAAUCGAUCCAGCAGCAGGUAAGGAGUUGAACUUUUCUCCUCGAUCUACAAUGAUUUCCGUUUCUUUUUGAGCUUCUUUGCGUUAAAGGAGACUCUGAGCUCCUUGCUUGGUGCUUUUACCUUUUUAUUGUUAUUAUAUUAUCCAUUACAUUAUAGCUAUUGUGAUAUCAUAUAUCAGAUCAGAUCAGAUCAUAUAUUAACAAUAAUAUAAUUAUUAACAAUGAUGUUCGAGAAGGCUGCCCUUCUUCCCCGCGGCAAAGGGAAUAAAUAACAUGCCAUCACCAGGAAGCAAGCAGAGCUCAUGCUACUAUAAAGGUGUCCCCCUCUCCCCCCCGCACCCGAGUUUAAUAAAAGGCGUCUAUCAGCAUUGCAAUGUGCAGUUCAUGACCCCACCCUCUUUGUCAGAGCGGGGAACGGGGUGCAGAACAGAGGAAUACAGCAACUUCUAUUCUCCAAACAAUGCCCUGAGUGCUGACGAGGCAGAGACCAUCUGGGCUGCCCCUUAGUGCAGAAGCAAAGCGUAAGAGUUUUAAGUAACUGCCCUGAAGCCAAUGCCACCGGUCUCCCUUUUGCGUGUUAAUUCAAUAUAUCCCUCUGCAGACCCCCCCGCCCCCAGUCCCUACAAGAAAGCAGCAGGAACAGUGCUGCGUCCCAGCACUUGCUGGUGUGUAAAAAUGGUAUCUGUGCACCACUUCUGAUUAGAAAAACUGCAUGGCAAGGGUUCGGGGCAGGGCAGGGCAGAAGAUGCUGGAGGUUCUCUUGGUUCUGGGUAGGUGCUGCCUGAUGAGCCUGGAUAGCUCAGUGGGUUAGACCAUGGUGCUGAUAACGCCAAGGUUGCAGGUUCGAUCCCUGUAUGGACCAGCUGCAUAUUCCUGCAUUGCAGGGGGUUGGAGUAGAUGACCCUCAGAGUCCCUUCCAACUCUACAGUUCUAUGAUUCUAUGACUUUCCCAAGUCGCCCUUUCGGGACUUUCCGUAUCCUUCCAUGACUGUGGUACCAAAGAUAAAACUUCCCUUCCCCAUGCACUUUAGUCCUGCUGCAAAAUCACCUCCCCAUAGCAAUUAAAACAAACAAACAAACAGACAGCCAGACAGGCUAACAAACAAAACCCCACUGAUAACACCCCACACUUAAUGUAUCGUGCAGUUAGGUCCUCAGAAUAUCCUUAAUUCUAAAAAGGAUUUUAUGCUCUCUUUUUUUCUUUAGCUGUAUUUCCUUUAUUUAUUCAAUAUAUUUAUAUAGCUUUCGGGUCAAGAUAAUGUUGCUGAUAAUGGGUUGUCUUCAACUAACAUUUACUCAGAGUAGACCUAUUAAAAUUAAUGGAUCUUAGGCAUGGUUAUUAAUUUCAUUGAGUCAUCGCUGGGUAAAGGUUAGUUGACAAGAACCCAGUGUGGAUAUUUUCCCCAGUACUGCCCUUUAAGAAUAUUUCUGGGCUCUUUCUGCAUCACUUAUUUCUACCCUUUGACUCCUUUUUUUAUCUCCCCCUUGGUGAUAUUUCUAAAAAUAUUCUUCAUUUUAUGGUCACUUUUGUGAAAGUGGCAUUACAAGACUUGGCCAGAAUAUACUAGGGAUACGCACAGUGCAUUGGCUUAUUUUUUUUAUUAAGUGUUUUAUCCAAAGUUUUAGAGGGGAAAAAAGAGGAAUCCUUAGCGUGUGUGUGUAAAUGCUUCCUUUAGUCAAAUCUCUAGAGCAGGCAUGGCCAAACUCGGCCCUCCAGCUGUUUUGGGACUACAACUCCCAUCAUCCCAGGCUAACAGGACUAGUGGUCAGGGAUGAUGGGAGUUGUAGUCCCAAAACAGCUGGAGGGCCAAGUUUGUCCAUGCCUGCUCUAGAGGAAUGAGCAAUUUGAGUUCAAAAAAGAUCCACAUCUCACAUAAACAUGUUUUAAGGGUUAUGUGUGAAUGCAUGCACAUCUAGAUUUCUGAGAGAUUGACAACAGGUACAAUUCUUCACUUUAUUGAGAUACUACCGACUGCUGCUCAAACAACCCACUGGUCUUAGAGAUAUGUCCUAUGUAAAUUGAUUCCCCCCCCCAUAAAACAUAGGUUGUAAAUAUGUCCAUAAAAGUGUGUUGAAGGCUAUCAUUUAACUAUUAUAGUUUUCUUCUCCUUCUCAGAUAAACUGAGCCACAAGGAAUCACUGCCAUGGAUCCUGCCGUAACAAUAGAAACCUUAAAAAAAGACCUUGCUGAAGUGAAGGCUGCUGUGGAGAAAAAACCAUUUGAAGCUGUUUCAGCUGAAGCUCAACAGCAGUCAAAUUUAUUAAAUAACAUCACAUUGGCAAUUGCCAUCACAGGAAGAUCUGGUGCCGGGAAAUCAUCUUUUGUCAAUGCCCUGCGAGGAAUGAAAGAUCGUGGAGAGGGUGCAGCUAAGACGGGGGUGACAGAAACAACAAUGGUGCCACAAGAAUAUUCACACCCCGCAUUCCCCAACUUCAAAAUUUGGGAUCUACCAGGAAUUGGAACAAAUAAUUUUAGUGCAAAGGAAUACCUAACAAAGGUCAAUUUCAACAAUUAUGAUUUUUUCAUCAUUGUCUCCUCAGGACGCUUCACUGAGGAUGACACCAACUUGGCUCUUGAGAUCCAGAAAAAUAAGAAGAAAUUCUACUAUGUGCGCAGCAAAGUGGAUAUCGAUAUAGAUAAUGACAGGCGGUCAAAAGGCAUCGAUGUGGGGGACACCGAUGAGAUGAUGCAGUCUGAAAAGGAAACUCUUGACGCUGUACGGAAAGAUAGCUAUGAGAAAUUGAAGGCGUUAGGUGAGUCUUCUCCAAGGGUCUUUCUAAUAUCGAGGUGGGAUUUGAGCAAGUAUGAUUUUCCCCUCCUUCAAGAGACCAUUGAACAGGAACAGGAUGAAAUCAAGAGAGAUGUUUUAAUUAUGUGUCUUCCGAUUUUAACAAAAGAUAGCAUUAGAAAGAAAAAGGCUGCUAUGGAGAGCCUGAUAUGGAAAAAAGCCAUAGCGAGCUGUUCUGUUGGGUUGAUUCCUCUCCCAUUCCUCUCGCUUGGUUGUGACAUUGGCAUUCUGGUUACAACUAUGAGCCAUAUCUGCAAAGUUUUUGGCUUAGAUGAAAAUUCCCUCAAUAUACUAGCAAAUCGUGUGGGGAAACCUGUAGAGGAGUUGAAAUCUGUUAUUGAACAUACCCCAAGCACCGGUAAGAUCACGACAGAAUUUGCCAUGGAUAUCUUGAAGAGGUCAGCAAUGUGGGGAGCAAUAACAGUGGUAGAGGCGGUUCUGGAUUUCAUACCUGUGUUGGGGUCUCUCUAUGGUGGGGGCAGUUCUUUUGCUACCACAUUCUACAUGCUGAAGAAUUUCCUGGAAAACGCUGUGAAAGAUGCAGAGAAAGUUCAGGCAAAGGCUGCUGAGCCCAAGAGACACAAGUAA